AUGUUUUUUGGAAUAUUGAUAUUAAGAAAUGCAAGUAUAUUAAAUGUUCAAAAGCUUCAACAUUUAUAUAAAAUUAAUUAAUAUAAUGAGUUUUUAAUGCUUUUACAAUAAAAUAAGGUGAAAUUUGUAACACAUUGGAUUGAUAUUUAAAUUAUCCAGCAGAAGUAUCUUGUGUAAUUAGUUUUUAUAGUAAUAUGUGUGCAUAUGGCUGCAAUGAAAGUCUAUAACCAAAUUUGGAAUUUUAACCGAAGAAUUAGAAUUAGUGUUUGGAGGAAGAACAGAAUAUGUUCGUUUUUUAGGGAUUGAUAUCUUUCAUUUUUACUGUUUAACUAUCUUAUUCAGGGUCUUACUAAUUUGCAUAAUUCGCAACUUAUUUUGGAAUCGAAAUUGAUAAAAUAUUAUUGCAAGUUAAACAAUCAUCAGAAGUAGGUCCAACACAAGUUUAACAUAACAUAAUUAGUGACAUUUCUAACAUUAAGGAUUUAAUGGGUUGA